AUGGAUACGCUCAAGGGUGGUUCGCUUGGAACUUGGAAGCAGAAGACUUGGUGGAAAAAUAUGCGAAUCUUAGCAGGUUUGGAUGAACUCAGAAUCCUGAACCUUUCCCAUAAUUUCUUCACUGGCUCUCUUCCAGACAACUUGUUUCAUCUUCAAAACUUGGAGGUGAUGGACUUCAGCAAUAAUCAUUUACAAGGCUCUAUAAAUACUGUUGUCUGUUCCACUUUUACACAGCUCCGAAUAUUUAAACUAUCUCAUAACUCCUUUUCUGGUAAGGUUCCAGGAAAUUUAGGUAAGUGUUCCUCUUUGCAGCAUCUGUCCAUUGAUGGAAAUGAUUUGUCAGGAACCCUUCCAGAGAGCAUCUUUCAGGUGCAAAAUUUGAGUGUACUGCACUUACAGGCUAAUAAGUUAUUUGGGCCACUGAGUAAGGGACUUGGUAAGCUUUCAAACCUAGUGGAAUUUGACAUCUCCAAUAAUGGAUUUUCUGGAACUCUUCCUAAUGUCUUUGGGAGCCUCACAAGGCUUCAGAUUUUCUAUGCUGACUCAAAUAGAUUCUCGGGUCAGUUGCCUGCAUCACUGGAGAAUUCGGCAUCCCUUGAAAUGCUUAUUUUGAGAAACAACUCUUUGGGUGGUUCAAUUAAUUUCAAUUGUUCUGCAAUGAAAAAACUAACAACAAUUAAUCUUGGUUAUACUAAAUUUAGUUGUCCAACCCCUGGUAGUCUAUCUAAUUGUUUAAGAUUGGAAGCAAUUAAUCAUGCUGGUUUGCAUUUCAAUUGUAGGAUUUCUGUUAAUUUCAAGAAUCAUCAGUCCCUAACCCAACUCUUACUUUCAAAUGCCAACAUGCAUAAUUUGCCAGCAACACUAGAGGAUUUAAGUCACUGCAGGAACUUAAGUACGCUAGUCCUUGCAAACAACUUCCACAACGAAGAAAUGCGACAACUAAAUGGUCAAAAUCCAGAGUUCAGUAAUCUCAAAGUUUUUGUCCUAGCCAACAGUCAAAUCACAGGUUCAAUUCCGAAAUGGUUAAGUGCAUGCAAGAUGCUUCAGAUGCUGGAUCUGUCAAUGAAUCAUCUCACUGGAAGCAUUCCCUCGUGGAUUGGCAAAUUUAACAGCCUCUAUUACUUGGACUUGUCAAAUAACUCUUUCACUGGCAACAUACCACAGAGCUUUACAAUGUUCAUGAACCUCCAGCAGAAGAACUCUUCACUGGAAGCAACUCUUUCUGCCUUUCCCUUGUACCUCCUAGGCACUGGCGCUUCAAAGAGACUGAAGUACGAAAAGCUUUCAAAUUUAAGACCAUCCUUAUUGCUCAGUUACAACAAACUAGAAGGACCAAUAUGGGCAGGAAUGAAAAUGUUGGAGAUUUUGGAUCUGUCUCACAACAAACUCUCAGGAGAAAUACCAGAAUCAUUAACUGGAUUGAGUUUCUUAUCCUCAUUUGAUGUGUCUCAUAAUGAGUUGCAUGGUGAAAUCCCCACAAAGGGACAGUUCAACACCUUCCCAACCACAAGCUUUGAAGGAAAUAAGGGUCUCUAUUAUGGUCACACCACUUCAGGAGGCUCUGUGCCUUCUCCACCAGAUGAGACUGGUGCUCAGCCCAAUCACCAGAAGUUGCAUAUCAUUGGUUUUCCAUUUUGGUUUGGUGCUCUUGCUGGUUUUCUGAUAAUCAUUGCAAUAUGUUUCGCCUCUGGAUGGAUAUUCUCAUAA